CAGGUCACUGCCUAAAGUGAAUAACAAAGGCCAGUGAGCAUCAUACGUGGUUUUCAGAACAACGCUGAACCAUCGACAUCGCCAUGUAAUGACAUUACAGACACUCGGGCCAGCUUAGUCUCUGGUACUAUUGACCCUGACGCCAGUCCUAUUGUCUAGUCACAGCAAAAUAACCUGCUCAAGUGUCACUUUCACCGUGAACCGAACAUUCCCCCCAGCCCCCUCUUUUCAGAUCUUUGCACCUCAGCCUCUCCUCACUUCUCUAUUGCACUUUUCUUCAGACGCUUCAACUGUACUUCUCCCUGGGCGCAGCUUUGCGCGAGUCACCAUCAAUCCCCAGUAAAUCGACGCAGUUCACCAUCAUCCGGAAUGCCCGGUCUUCCCGGUCGUCUGCCCCCCUUCUCCACAGCCGUCACACAAACGGCUGUGGAGACAUCCACCGACGACGCGUACCCCGACGACUACAUUAAGACCGUGAUCCUCGAACUGAGCAGCUACCUCCUCACUCUCGUAGAACACAGUCUCAUCUCCGGCAAGCCCGCCAACGAUCCCUACAGCCCAAGCCUCCGCACCAUAUACGACCGUCUCCAUGGUGGAUAUCCCGCACUAAGCCCGCUCAGAGAGCACACCAACGACCCCGAGCGCAUAAAAUCAGCUCUAGCACAGCAGCACCAGCGCACACCCAGCCCGCCGAUGCUCCGCCCGCUCGAAGACUUCGAAGACCUGUACUACGCCGUCCUAGCACGCCUGCUCGACAUCCACCAGAGCCUCAACGCCCGUCUCGGCAGCGGCUUCAACGUCGCGCCCGACCCCGUCUUUCCCGACCAGGACGUUCUCACCAUUGCCGAUCUGUUCGCCAGCCUCGCCCAGUACUGGGACGUGCUGAACAGCGCCGGAUGUGCAAAGGCACUCGACAGUGCAAUCCGACGGUCGCGGGUCGCGCAUCUACAUAAGGAGAUCGUGCUGCAGCUGCACAACAACGACAUCACGCCGGCGGAUGCGGACGAGCUGCUGGCUGAUCUGUACGACCCGGGCGAAUACGCUGGAGUGCAAGGACUGGCGUGGAUUGGCGGAUGGGCGCCGAGCAUGAUCAGUGCGUGGCUGGAGGAGAAGUACCGGCUUGUGUUGGGGCUGGAGAGAGAAGAGGGGAUGCGGAAGGCGAUGGCGGAGCGGAGGAGGGCUCGCAUGGGCAAGAAAGCUAGAAGCAAGGCAGACCUACAGUCAAAUAUGCGGAAACGCAGUAUGCGAUUCGACGCUGGUCGGUCUGACGGCAAACAGCAGAUGAUAGAGAAGCAGACCCAGAUACAGCGAGGAGAUAGGAACUCAGCUCAAGCCCGCCUUCCUGACGACCAGUCACAGCAUGCGCUCGAGUGGCGGAUGAGAUCACAGCGCGUCUCCGAGUACAGUCAGUAUCUGCGGGGCAUGGCGAGUCGGGAUGCGCGGCAUCAGGUCCAGAGCACUAUCUACGGUGGCGACAUGCAUACCAACGGCGCGCUUCGUGGUGGUGAGCUUCAUCUAGCUGGUCGGGAGGAUGCGCGUAUGGAGGAUGCGGAGUUCUGAAGGAUGGUUACAGUGAAUCUGUCGAGCGGGGAGCCUUUUCUGGGCGGACAUAUUACGUUGGUUGGUUGCUGCAGUAUCGGUGGUUUGGAUUUAUGCUCGAGUCUGGGAUGAUUAUAUGGACCCCUUGCGUUCGUCGUCUGCUUGGGUUGCGGUACGUUGUCGAUCGUGUAGCUAUGCGAGACUCAUGUACAUUGCUCCAUACCAACAAUGU